AUGGUGGCCAACUUCGAAGCCGUGCUUUUCGGUCUUUUCCUUUUCGUGGCCCAGGCCAUUGCCGUCAAGCCUGGCCACAAAGCCGUCGUCUACUCGGGGAAGUAUACAGGGAGCAAGCUUGCCAAGACUUCCCGUACACAAGACCUCAAGGAGAUGCCAAAACACAAGGCCAACCAGGUGGUGGCGAACAUGAAGAAAUGGUCCGGCGGCCAGUUCAAGGCCUCUCACGGCCGCAACGGCAAAGUCAUCGUCAGCAACAAGAAACCUGCCAACAGCAAGGGAGCAGCCAGCGGUCAGGUCCAGAAGAUGAAGUCGACUGUCCAGAAGAAUUAUAACCCAAACCGGAACUCCAAGACGGACAAAGUCAAGGUGGGGGUCAGCAAGGCCAAGUCCAAGGUCAAGGGCGCGGUCAACUCCAUCAAGAAGGUCUUUAAGAAGAAGCCUAGAAGUUUGCGCCGCCGCAACCUGAAAAGAAGCAACAACAGGAGACAGUACUAA